CGUGCUGAAAAAGUUUAUUUAUAUGCUUGAAACGUACGCUCAAAACAUUCUCGAUUUAUCCGUUUUGAUUAAAAAUUUAACUUCCUUGAUCUGUUCUGCAUACCAAAAGAGGGGUUUCCCCAGGGGAAUUCCCCUUAUGAAAUAAUAUGCAAAAACGUACGAACGGGUAGGGUUUUUUCCCCUCGGUUUUUUCCAGCAUCUGCUAUUAUAUUUCAUGUCAUAUUUUUUAACAACAUUAUUGAUCAAAUCCUGGUCCGUUUUGUUUUAUUAUUAAAUAUUGACAUUUUUUUAUUUAUUUUUUUGAAAUUUUGGUGCGUGUAGCGUGGUAAAACAAAUGUGAGGCUAUAUUGGUCGAAGCUUUCAUCAACUAUCGCGUCAACAUCUGUUUCACUUUCACUUUGAACGCUGAAAGGACUGUUUAACAGUUUAACGUUCACGCCAACACCAAACUAUAAAUGCCGCUACUGAAAGAGUGAUUCCUUUUCAGGUGCAAUCUCAGCUAGCAAACUAAUUUGUCUUUUGGCCUUGAAGUAAAAGAAAUGUUUACUACUAAAGGGGCUGCUGUGUUGCGGCUGUCCGGUUCAUUUUGUUUAUUAUAAUGUCAAUUUGCUCUGAAAAUUGAGAAAUUACUAGUGAAUGACAAAAUCACAGCUCUGUGCCAACCCAAUAUACCUAAAUAUUUCAAACGUAACAAACAACAAAAGUGAAUUUUGAAAAACUUUUAGGUUAACAAGGUUCCAAAACCAUGUAUAACAGUUUCAGCGAUUUUAUUUUACUUUGGUUUUAUCUUUCACAGGAAUACUGAUUUAAUUUUAUGUUUUCACACUCUUACGGUAUGUAGUUGACGAUCGUUCUUACUGAAACAUUUGACUUUUUUCGGCUGGGAAUUUACAGCGUCUUUGAAAGUUUUUAAAAGCGUUUACGUUUGCUGAUGACUGUAGUGAGAAAAUACUGGUAAGCUGUAAAUUGGUGUGUGAUAUUCUCGCUCAUCUGGUUUUACUGGGUUUUUUAAUUCGGAUUUACAGUGUGUUUUUUACCGAUAGGGUUACGCAACUGCCUAAGAAUCAACAGAUCAGAUUUCUCAUAUCUCUUUUGCCAGGUAUGUUUUAAGGGUCUUGGAAAUAAACGAAGCAUGUUGAAAAAAUUUAGUUAUUUGCUUGAAACGUUUUAUGAUCAAAACAUUCAUUUUUUAUCCUUGAUCUGUUCUGCAUACACUGUACCCAAAGAGGGGUUAACCCGGCGGGGGAAAUCCCUAUGUAUGAAAUAAUAUGCAAAAAAGCACGAAAGGUUAAGGUACUUUUCCCUUGGUUUUAUCCAGCAUCUUUUAUUUUAUUAUAUGUCAUAUCAUCAUUUGUUUCUUUUUUUAAAACAUGAUUGAUCUAGUACAGGCCCUUUUUAUUUCAUUUUUAUUAUUCUUUUAGUUUUGGCGAAAGCGUGGUAAAGCAAAUGUAUAAAACUAAAUUGGUUGAAGCUUUCAUCAGCUAUCGCGUCAACAUAUCUGUUUCGCUUUUACUGUGAACGCUGAAAGGGCUUAUCCUGAGUGUAAGAACCUGUUAAACUCACUGGUGACGUAAAGCAAAGGGAACAAAGAAGUCCAAAGCCUGCGAGCAAGCUCUCCUAUUUAGGCGAGUGAAGCGAGGCUCACUUCGCUUGCCCAAAUAGGAAAGCUUGCUCGCAGGCUAAGAAGUCCGACACAAUAGAACCAAGAAAAACAAAAGGUGCGAAACCAAGAAAAAGUUCACUGGUUCUUACACCGAGGUAAACCAGCUGAAAGGGCUGUUUAGCAGUUUAGCGUCCACGUAUGUCUGCGAGCAGUCUCUCUUUUUCUUUAUAUUUAGUGAGAGUAAUGCACGCGUUCGCAGACGUACGCGCGUGAUCAUUUGCGUGUCUCGCGCUUUUCACCCAAAAGAUUAAGAAAAAAGAGGGACUAGUCUACGCUAAACAAUGAUUCCUUUUCAGGUGCAAUCUCAGUAGCUAAAGUGGGUGAUCAAAAGACCAAGUUGCUGGUGUCUGGAUUUGCCAAUCAGUGGUUUAAUUCUGUUUGGCAAGCUGAUUUUUCUUUCGGCCUUGAAGUAGAAGAGGAAAUGGUGACCCCAAAUUAUUUUGGUGUUGUUACUAUUAAGUUGUUGUUACUUUUGGAUCUAUUUAUUUCAACAGGAAAUGGAAAAGUGUGAAGUCAAGGACUUAUCCCAUGAAACGAUCGAAAACCUCACGCACUCCUUGGAGAAACCCACCCUGAACUGGGAGGAACUCAUGAGAAGUAAGACCUUUGGUUCCAUUUAUUCAGCAAAUGAUAUCAACAAGAUCAGAAUGAGUGGUAGCCACCGGGCAACGGUUUUAAUACAAGAUCUAGUCUCCCGAGAAAUUUCACUUCAAGUCUUGCUUAACGGUCUAAAAGAAAUUGGAAACAGAAAAGCAAUUUCGAUUAUCGAGAGAGGUAGGUAGUUGUUAUCGCAAAAGUCGAAACGAUACGGGAAUGGUUGCUUCCGGAUAGUGAUAGAAACUGAUUUUUUAUUUUGGUAAAAGGCUUUUUUUUUUCGAAAUAAAGAGUAGCGGGGCAGCGCUUCAACAAAAUUAUAUGAGUUAAGCCAAAUAAUGUAAAGCUGAAAUAAAUUGCUGAGAGGGAAAGUGGUUGUAUAUAUGGAGUGUUCGGCGAGCGAAGCGAGCCGCGCGAGGACGCCCGAACGUCUCCUCUAGCGUGCUGCUCAUGCGUGUACUUUUCACGAUAUCCCCUGUUCGUUGAUAACACAACAAAACCUCGAGCAACUGAUUAUUUCCAGCUGCACCACAGGCUACUUUACUCCGAAUAUCACAAAACAUCAACAAAUAAUUGUUAAACAUAUGUUGUUCAUUCACAUUUAAUCCUUAUUUGGUUUCAUUCCUGUAGACAAAGUAAGUAAAGGAUUUAACAUGCAGGACUCUGGCGGACAACCUCUUUCUUCAAUCUGUAUUACCCGUCAACCAGAGGAGGUAUUUAUUUCUCUACUUAGUCCUAAACAGUCUAACCACUUGGGCCCUACAUACCAAACAACAGAAUCAUAUACAUAUUGCUGAAUUUAUUAAUAAAUUUGUAAUGUAAAUAAACGCUAACUAUGCCAUAGAUAUUAGAUAACUAAUGAUCUAAAAUUAGCCAUUAGUUGCUUCGCGUUUUGGCCGUUUAGUUUGUGUACACAAGAGUAAUUAAGAGCACUUUCAUUUGUGUUGCUUUAUAUUAAACACUGAGACUCAGUUACCAAUCAAAUUUGUUUGAAAGUGGAGUAUGAUUGCUUAAUUUUUAAAAGUAACUUAUAUUUACUUCUUUACUGUACUUGUAACAGAACGCUGGAGAAGCAAUGAAGACUGGCGAUGCGAGUCCAAUGUUUCGGCUUGUUCCCAUUUUCGGGAACAAGCCGAAACAUUAGACUUUUAUCUGCCAAUAUACAUUACUGGUGAAUGUAAGAGUAAGUUUAGCUAUCAUUGUUAGUUAUACAGUUUAGCGUUUUAACUGAAGUUGCCCGAUUCACAAGGUUUUGGUGCAAGACAAAGCAGUUUGAGAGAUCAAGUAAAUUAAUUCAUUACAAUCCAAAUAAAACUGCAGUGAAGCCAUGACCAUUUUAGAAUUGUGGAUGAUCGUAAGCAAACAACUUUUCUCUAGCGUACAUUGUAUAAAAAUUUGACUUCAAUCUUUAAGUUAGGUAUUUUUCCAGCUUAGUAUAAUCCCUUGUGUAUUACUAUGAAAAUUUCUUGUUUAUGAGGUUAGUAAGAAAUUGUGAUCACAAAAAAUGGGGGCAAAGAAUUCGAUCGUCUGCCGAAAACUGCAGAAACGUACAGAAUAAUUGCGGGAAAAAACGCAGUGAUAAUCAAUGAAAAGCGAACGUCCGUCCAAUGUUUCGGCUUGUUCCCGUUUUCGGAAACAAACCGAAACAUUUGACUUUUAUCUGCCAAUGUCAUUACUGGUGAAUGUAAGACAGGGACGUAGCAAGCCCAUAGACCUGGGCCUACAAAUUUUUGAUAAAUUAUGCGUUGUUGGGGUGAGCUACAAAGCUUAAGAACUCAAAGUGUUGGUGAGGUCAGUGUGUACUAGUCAGGGGUGCAAUUUUUAGGAUAUGUGGAAAAGAAAGUCAGCCAGGCCUACAACAAGUCGAAAAGCUAGCUACGCCCCUGUAAGAGUAAGUUUAGCUAUCGCUGUUAGUGGUCUAGUUUAGUGUUGUAAAAGUUGUCUGUUUCACAAGGCAGUUUUGAUGCAUGACAAAGCAGUUUGAGAGAUCGAGUAAAUUAAAAAAUACAACACCAAAUAAAAACGCAGUGAAGCCAUGACCAUAUUAGAAUUAGUGUACAUUGUAUAAGAAUUUGACUUCGCUCUUUAAGUUAGGUAUUUUUCUGGCUUAGUAUAAUGCCUUGUGUAUUGUUUUAAAUAGUUCCUAUAGGUAGGGUUAGGGUCUAUGAAGUUAGUAAGAAAUUGUGAUCGUAAACAAUGGAGGCAAAGUUAGAUCGUCUGGCGGAGCACGCGCAAAACGUACAGAAUAAUUGCGGAAAAAAGCAACGAUAAUCAGUUAAAAGCGAACGUCCGUAGACUCAAGAUCCUUAAAUGGUCAAAAGAGGUAUCGCAAAUUCCACUCAUCAGCUCCGUUCUCGUUGCUCAACCUUUCUAAUUGGUUCAUUGAUGACCUGCAUGGUUUGUCUGCUUCCGUUGUUAUUUGCUAAAUUACUCAUGUUGGUUUUCUUUUUACGCCACUCAAUUCUGACUGUCUUACAUGUAAGAACAUCUUUGAAUCUGAUAUAUAACCGGGAUCAGGUUAUAAUUCUUGUAUUAUUAACGUUGGGGUCAAUGGCAACGCAAAUUUCGGUAAUUAUUGAGACAAGAUUUAAAAUUUUUAAAACAAAGUAACAAUGGUAUAUUAAUUUAUUAAUUACUUAUUUACUAAGAUUUGUUGUGGCAAUUUAACAUUUUUCCUCUAUAGUUAUUUCUUUGUUAAAACGAGUGCAACUGACUUUUUUUUCUUUUUUGUUUCAAAAGCACUCUAUGCCGUUGUCGUCCCACGCUGUUCCGGAGCAGUGUAGGGAACAAGCUGAAACAUUACGUCAUCCUGAACAAACAUCAGGAGCCAACAAGGAGCGACCCUGUGACCUGGGACUUCAGGGAUACAUGGAAAUGGCCGUUAGCCUUUUUUUCCCUUGCCUUUGUUUCCUUGAAGGGUUCCAAAGGGCGUAUAGUUCAGGAGAGCAAUAG